GAUAGCAGGCUUUUGUGGCAGGGAGAGGAAACUAAUUCAAAUACCAUUGAGUCCUUUUCCCUGGAGGCUGGCACACAGCAGCGGUUGGGUGAUCACCCUGUACCCCUCAACCCCGUUCCUGUGAGGGGCGACAACGUGAGAGCGGGACUUUGGUCUUUUUCGUGGCCCUCAUACCUAAUGAAGAUGUGGUGUGUGACGGUCAUCAUCCUGCUGCUGUGCUGUUACGGCUGUCUCUCUGCCUGUGACGGGCGGCCGUGCUUCUCCUCCAGGAACUUCAACAACGUGCUGCACUGGGAACGUGUGAAGCACAACGUCUCCAGAGAGGAGGUCCUCUACAGUGUCCAGUACUGGAGUGAUGCCGGGGAUCAGCGACGCCACACAAAAGCAGAGUGUCACAACAUCACUGCUCUGUCCUGCGACCUGACAGCGGAAACCCCGUUCAUUUCUGACGUCCACUACUACGCUCAGGUGUUCGCCGACGGUCGCCCUCAUGGCCGCACCUACAGGUUUAAACCCAUAGCACAGACUGUUCUUGGUCCGCCCAUCUUAUCUGUGGGUGCCACUGUGUCAUCUUUACAUGUGAACGUCACCCUGCCCUCUGGACCAAACGGCAUAUCUAUUGCAGACAUUUUCAACAGCACCAAACGUGUGCCCUUCUACCCCACAACGCUCUACAUCCUCAGGAUCACCCACCCAAAGUGGGCAGCACAGGUCAACAUAAGCACCAACAGCCAGUUCGUCAUCAGACUGAAGAACAACAGCACAGAAUAUUGCGGCCACGUCGUCUACAAGCCGAACUUUGAGCUGGGUCGCCCGCCUAGUGAGAACACCUCCUUCUGUGUCACGCUGCCAGGCGAUCCCUGGAUGCUUUUUCCGUGGUUCGUCGUGCUCGCUCUUCUUCUGGUGGUCAUAGGCACGAUAUCCAUCGUGUAUUUGUGCCGCUACGUGAAGGGUGGAAAAGGAAAGAGCAUGCCGGUGUCCCUGGUGACCAGUUUCAGCAUCCUGCCCACAGUGCUGCAGUCCCUGGAUAAGAACCUCUACAUUUCCAAAGCAGAGGUUUGCCCAAAAAACGAGCAAAAGGUUUACAACAACGUCCAGGUGAAACCAAAAGUUGCAUCAGUUGCAUCCGGAGGCUAUUCCCCUCAAGACGUCCCGUGCCAAGACCUGCCAGUGAGCAGUGCGUCCUCUGUGGACAUGAGUCUGCACGGUUCAGCCGCAGAGUGGCAGGACGUCAGCGCCCAGUCGUCUGGAAACUACGGCGCAGUGGGUGUUCAUGCGGCCGGCGAAGAAACGGAUCGAUCGGCCACAAAUGAAGACAAAGGAGACGUUAACGUACAGUGGCCCUCUUUUCUUGGGAAUGGAAGCUGGCACGUAGGUGGAGCAAGCUCAAAAACGAUCUCACAUGGGGCAGCACCCUCACCCGUCCUGGACUCUCAGGGGAGUGAUCCAGCAGAGCCGCUGUUGUUGCACACGGUGCGGGAUGGCAACGGUCAGCUGCUGUUUCCCACGCUCACAUUUCAGUUACAGAGCGCUCCAGCUCACACCGUUUCCACCACGAACCCUGGGGGCAAGUUGUUUUUGUCGGACCUGGUGCACUCCAGGGACAGCUUAGGGGAUUGGUCAGACUCAGGGUGCGGACCGAGUGCCGUAACUACCCCAACUGAAUUUUCCUGCACUUCCCAGGAUUCCCCGGUCCAACCUCUACUUCCUGCUCUCCCAACACACUAUCAGAAAACACAAACAGGGUGUGACACAUUUGCGUCAAGUUACCAACAAAACUGGAUGCCAGCUAACGCUCUUGGAAUGACGCCCGAGGACAGCUCAGACGAUCAUAUGACAAACUUUCUUUGGAAUUGGACUGAUCCCAAAAAGGAGGAAGAAGAAAAAGUGGAGGAGGGAGGAGGGCAAAUUUUUCUAGAAGGUUGGGUGGUGCAGAUUCAGGAAUAAUUCUCCUGAACACCUGAUUUCACUCCGCAAAUAACAGCAGAGAGUAGAGACAUGUUUCAGCCCGAUGAGCUUUCAAAAGGAGAGGAGCGAGUUGAUGGGAGCAGUGACAGGCCUUUGGUGACGAUGCAGAUGAAUGCCCUCCCCGUCUGAUCUGCUCCGUUUCUGAUGUGAAGCUGAUGAUCCAGAGAGAGGAUCUGACACCGUCCUUAUGAAUGAAUGAGCACACACCGACAUGUUGGUGAACUGCUGAGUCAUACCCAGCCAAACCCACUGGCACUUCAAAAACACUGUCUGUUUCACUUCUGUGUUUAUUUCAAACUUGCUUUUAUUUACGGAAAGGGAAAAGUCACAGAAAAUGCCAAAGGAAUGUUGCUGUGGAGAAAAGUGGAUAGCACAAAAAAAACCUAAAUAAAUCAGUAAAUGAAUAAGGUAUUAGGUGAACUAUUGACGUACGUCAUGCCCUUGGUUGACAAGAUGUUAACCCUUUUACAGAAUUAAUUCGUAUAUUGGAGGUAAAAAAUGAUGAACUUGAAGUUAAUUUAAUCCAAUAAUGGCCAUAAUCUGUUAUGGAAAGAAAUUCUUCCUUUUCUGAUCAGUCAGCUUGGGUUUACAUAAGUCUGCAACAGUAUUGCUUUUUUUUUUCACAUUUAACUUUGUCAUGAUAGGAUGUUCAGACAGGCAGCUAAAAUCUGAUUUAUUUCAUAUAAGAUUUCACUUGAGAUAUUUUCUGAAAACUGUGUCUUUUCAGGUCACAUUCAAACUGCAUUUGAAAAUGAUCUGAAACAGAUCACAACCCUGAUUUGUCAGCAUUCAGAUCAUACCUCAGGUGUUUAUCUCCCAACACUCCCCGUGUGACUCAUGUUUAACAUCAGUCACAAGAGCAAAGACAGCAAACAUCGAUCAGAUCAGAGGCAGCAAGACAAUACCUGCACUGUACCUGGACAAAUGAAGAAGUUUCAUGCUUCCUCUCACUAAUCUGUGAGAGUCAAAAAAUGUCAACCAUGAAAUCAGUCGCACCAAAACAAACAAACUCCGAAACUUGCUUUGUCCUGAGCUGCUGCAGCACACAGAUGACUGAUCAACAAUAAUGACAGCAAAUGACUGACGGGGAAAUCUAAUUCAGGCUGUUUGUUAAAAAAUGAACAUGGACUGAUGCCAGCCUUAAGGAUAAGAUCUUGAAAUUCAAAUUGCCUUCUCUCCGUUACACAAUGUUUCAAACUGCUGGAGAAACAAGCGCAAUGACUGAUUUUAUGCUAAAAAAAAAAAAAUAAAAAAAAAUACUAUUCUUACUCUUGUAUUCUAUUUCAUUAUUGUUAGUGAUAUGUAAAAUACAGAAUACAUUUGUAGAUAUAAAAUUAACCCAAUGUCUUAGGUUUUUCUGUGUUAUUAUGUUUAUAAAUUCGAUGUGUUCUCAUUGUUUGCUGCUGGAGAUUAAAUUACACUCUGUGAAAGUACAUCAGAAGGUGGGGUCAUAGCACAAGUCAUGCCACACUGAUAACAACCAGCCCUUUAAUAGCCUACGUGCAAUCUUUUAUCCACAGUCGUGAAACUAUAAAAAUGUCAGGUCUGUUGAAACAAUGUGAUAUGUGAGUCACAUAGGAACAGUUUGUACAGUAUACUACUGAUAUAUAAAUUGUAUAGUAACUUUAUUUUUUUCUCUAUAUUUUC